AUGGGUGUUUCUAGUGGUAGCAGAAAGCUCAGAGAAGCUGCACGGAUAAUAUUAGUGGGCGCCCCUGGCGUUGGCAAAGGCACACAAAGUGAGCGGCUCAUGCGCCGGUACCCCCAAUUGGCUUCCAUCAGUACCGGGGAUUUGUUGCGAGAUAAUGUCAGGGACAAAACUCUUCUUGGGUUACAGGCAGAGUCUUUAAUAAAAUCUGGAUCACUUGUCCCAGAUCCGCUCAUCCUCGACUUGAUCUUGAGGGAGCUAACCUCGAGAAAUUGGUUAUCUACUUCUAGGCUCAACACAAACAUAGUAUCAGCUAUCUCACAGCGAAGUCGGUCUUCUUCUUGUGCAGUCGAGCCAUCACAAGACCCUGAGUCCUCAUUCAUCCUUGAUGGCUUUCCUCGGACAGCGACGCAGGCCGAUUCUCUUUCGCGACUCCUACCCAUGAACCUUGUCCUGCAUCUUGUUACACCAGCCGAAAUCAUACUCUCACGCAUGGCAACGCGGUGGGUUCAUGCCUCGUCUGGUCGAGUGUACAAUAUUGGAUUCAACGACCCCAAGGUUGCUGGUAUAGACGACAUCACAGGGGAGAAACUGGUGCAGCGAGAGGAUGAUACCGAAGAAACGUGGAGAAAGCGGUUAGCCAAGUUUGAGGAAACUAGCAGCGGCUUGUUGAACUUUUACAAAGAGAAACAGCCUGCAACAGUGGUUGUGGUAAGAGGGAACAGUAGUGAUGAGAUUUCACCGCAAAUAUUUGAAGAGGUAGAGCGCCGAUUUGCUUGA